GCGUCAUCAAACAAAAAAACAUGGCGGAUUUCUAACCACACGGGUCCGCUACCCAUUCCUGUUUUGGGAGUUAAAUUGUGACUUGUAUAGCGAAGAAUAUAGAAUUUCUUCAACAGGUACUAAAACUGAUGAACAUGUGACUUUGGACUUGGUAUAUCCCUCCUAAGGACGUCACUUUGUGGUUAAGAUGUUUCGACGGUCAAGAUUCAGUGCUCGCCCCAAUAUCGGCAUAGCUGGGAGAGCAGCAGCAGCAGCUGGAACACCUCAGGGGCCCCCAGCAGCAAACCAGGACACAAAUGAGACCCAAAAGGAACCAAAGGAGGACAAUAAUGCUUCUCUAACAAACGAACCAGUGGUGACCCCAUCAGAAAAUGCUUCUGGUUCCGGAGAUGCCAAUGAACAGAAUGGGGAAGGUACCAGCUCCUCAGCAUCAGUCCAGAGAAGGAAGCGGUUCUCCAUCAAGCCCAAAGUGGCUCCUGGUCGUCCACCAACCCUCCCUCGGACAACAAAAUCCCCAGUGAAAACAGUCUCUGUCCCCCCUGUAGAUGCAGCGUCUGAGUCUGAACCAGAAAAGCCAACGACAUCUAGUCAACCUACAAAAACUCCAGCCCCCCCAGGACUUCAGUCCCCAAAGAGCAGAGGACUCUCUGAUGAUGCCAAGCAGCACAAAACACAAUCAAAGCUCACCCCGUUGUCGUCUGAGAUACCGGGACCAUCAGCUGUUUCUCCAUCAGAGGACUCUAAAAAACAAACCCAUCUGCUGAAAGACGGCAGUAAACAUGUGGAAAACGUUCCAACUAGUCAAACGAAGGAUGUUCAUCCCAGAGUGCAUGAUAGGGUACCACCUUCUCUACCAGACAAAGAAGCUACAGAAAUAUCAGAGAAAGCCAAGACUCUUAUAUCAUCAAAAAAGGUAGUUUCAGCAAUAUCCCCUUCAGCGCUGUCUCUGAGCAGACUCCUGAAUGACCCGUCAGAUGUGCAGAGGAUGAUAAAGGCCCAGAAGCUGAGAGACCUGCUGAGACAAGAGCGGUCCAAAGAAAAGAAUCUUAAGAGAGCUAAAGCCCGUGGUAAGGAAUUCAGCUUAGAUCCAACAAAGAUGACAAUGAGGGACCUGAUCCAUUAUCUCCCAACAUCUAAUCCUAUGACAUCCAGCUUAGAAGCUGAUGAAGAGAAUGAGACAGUGAUCCCGCCUUCACCAAGAGGAGAACAAUCAACAGAGCAUGUACCUGAGGUUCCUCCAACCAAAGAGAAGCCCAGAGAGGAUGAGGACGAAGAAGAGGAAGAGGCUGCUGCAGAGGGAGAGGAGGAUGAAUCUCUCAUGGUGCCUCAGGUCAAAGUAGCAGAAGACGGCUCGCUGAUCAUCGAUGAGGAAAGCUUAACAGUGGAAGUCCAGCGAGCCAAAGGCCCGAACCCAGCAUCCAACAGAGACCCCAUUUUUGAAAGGGGCUCCACUACAACUUACUCAAGCUUCAGAAAGUCAACUUACUGCAAACCCUGGUCAAUUGAAGAGACGGACAUGUUCUACCUGGCGGUAAGCAUGGUGGGGACGGACUUUUCUAUGAUUUGCCAGCUGUUUCCGCACAGAGCUCGGACAGAAAUAAAGAACAAGUUCAAAAAGGAGGAGCGAAUAAAUAGUUGGAGGAUUGACAAAGCUUUCAGAGAGAGGCGUAAGCUGGAUAUAGAGUACUUUUCUAAGCUGCUGGAUAAAAUUUUGGAAUAUCAGAAGGAGAAGAAGAAACUUAAGUCACUUGUUGAGAAGAAUAACAAAACAAAGUCCCGAACAAAUGCUAAGGGAAAUAAGGGCAAAAAAUCAGCCAAAAACUUGAGUGACGUGGAGGAAGAAGAAGAUGAUGAGGUUUCUGACUUGAAGGAAGGGCAGGAGAAAGAAAACGAGGACCAGUGUAAUGAGGAGGAAGCGUCUGCCUCUGUGCUGAAUAAAAAACGCAAGAGGAAGAAGACAGUAAAGGCCUUGGCAGAAGAGCCAAAUGAGAAGAAAAACAAAACAGGUGAUUUACCUGAAGAAACAGAGGCUGCACUUUCUGAGAGCCACACCAGUUCAGAAAUGUCUGAAAACAUUCCUAAUGUAAACAAGCCAGCGAAGCUUUCACGAGACAGAGCACCAAAACCGCUUCUACCUCUGGGUCUGAAACGAAGUAAAAAGGGAAAAAGCAACGAAACUGGAUCUGAUAAUGAAGAAAAGAACGAUAAUGAUCAAACCCAGAAAGAACAGGUGAAUGACGGUGAAUCAGAUGCUUGCAGAACUAGUGGGAGAAUUUCUCCUGGAGGCGAGAUUUCUUCUGAAGAGGAAGAGGAAACAAUAAAGCACUUUGGACCUACCAGAUAUGGGAGGGUUCCCAAACCCACGGUGGCCUUCGCCUGCAAAGAUGAAUCACACUCCUCUGCUACUGAAGCUAAUUCCCCUUCUGCCUCCAAAUCAAAACCUAAGGGCACUCUUAAAAGAGGCAGCCCAUUAAAGCCACAAUCUAACCAAAAGCCUAAAAAAUCCAAACUGGUAACUCUUAGAUCCUCCAAGUCAGACUUCAGUGAUGAAGAUGAUGAGGAGGGGCAAGUUCCAGGUGUCGGCUCCAGUAAAGACUCGUCUGCCCUGGUGCCUUCUGGCCUGCACUCGAUAAACACUGUGAUUUCUGAAGUGGACGACCCAAUGGCCGAGCUUGAUAUCUUGGCCAGUAUGCCUGAUAUGCUGAGCAUCUCCCAAGAUGCACUGUGUCCUGAUUCAUCUUUUCAUCAGGCACAACAUGAAACAGGCUCUGCUGAGGCUUGUCAUCAUCAGUUGGAUCUGCUGGUUGAUGUAAUAGACUUUUGUACAACAGAACAAACCGAAGUUUUUCAUGAUGAGAGCUAUAAUGAGGCGGCUCAAACCCUCUUGACCAUUGGCAAUGUCAAUCACGUUUCUCAGUCAGCACAGAAAGAGGUGAUCCCUCAUGGUUACACAUCAGAGAUGGCAGCGGACAAGACACAACCAGACCUCUCUGACGGAAAGAUUUUGCCUAGUGUCCAAGAUGAAUGUGCCCUUGCUACCUUGCCAACUCCGUGUCCUCAAAAAAUGCAAGAAAUCUCAGAGACUGUUGCCUGUAUGAACCCAGAAACCAGUGAAAUGAGCAGCGGGGACACGUCUCGUCUGAAAACCAGUGAGCAAAUAGGUGACGAGCAGAAGACACGGAGUUCAAACAACAACUCUCAAUCUACCAAGAGGGCACGCUUUUCAAAAGUAAGGCCUAAACCAAACGUUGAGCGGACCUCAAGGACUGCAGCAUCGACACCUGAAACAGAGAUGUCCAAAGAAAAGAAGGUUGAAGAAAGCCGCUUAGACGCUGCUGCUGAGGGAACAUCAGCGGUUAAAGAAAUAAGCCUACACAGAUCAGAUUCUGAGGCCUUGUUAAAAGAUGGCGAAUCUCUCAAAGAAGUUCAGGGUUGCUCUCUUUCCAGAGAAGUAAUCCUAGCCACUCAUAAAGAGCCACACAUUACACCUCAGGAUUGCAUUGGUGAGACAGAUUUAAGCAACUCCUUGAUAUCCAAGUCAGAAGAAAAAUUGGUUUUACAGGAGACAUCAACAGAUUCAGUCCAAGAUGGCAACAUCGAACAUCCUCCUCCUGAAAAAGAUUUGUCAGCCAAUCAAAAGGAGAUGGGUGCAGCUACAACUAGAAGGAGUAGAAUAUCAAAAAUCAAACCACACCUCCCACAGAAAUCAAGGUCUACACUGAAUAAAUCUCAGAUAAACAGAGAGAAGGAGGAAAAAGAGCCGCUAACAGGUUCAGAGCCCAAACCCUUGGAGCAAACCAUCAAUAAUGUGGAAACUUCAUCUACCAGUUUUAACUUGAUGGAGGACCUUCCUGCAGGGGAGGUGAAGAAAAAACAGGUUGAAGUAGAACCUCAAGGAGAACAUCAGAAUACCCCUGAAGAGCAGUCCGAUUCAGAACCACAGCCUGAGCAAGGAUCAAAUGCAGGACUAAUUGCAGACCCACAAGAAAUAUGUUCUGCUAAUUUAAUUUUGCCUGUAGAAGACAGGCCAGCUGGUGAACAAGAGAGUAAAGUUCCACCUGCUGGUCAGUUGAGAAGAAGCCGUUUGCCGAAGGUAAAACCUACACCAAAUCUAACACAGACUUCAAGGACCAUGAAGAUGAAGCCUCAGUCUCCAGCAGAAACGGUAGUGAAAAGUCCUGGUUUACAUCCUGAAUUACCUACAAAGUCAACUGUGCAGGUUUCCCUAGAAACCGAAAGCACUUCAACGUCUGAGCAAAAGCUUAUAUUAAAGGAAAAAACAUUUGCCAGUGAGGAGGAGAAGACAAGUUCUGAGCUAGUUGAUCAGAAAGACAAAAAACAAACCACCGGUGACUCAGAGUCAGUCUCCAAGCUCACGGAUAAAAAUUCAGUUUCUCCCAGUGAAACGAGUGAAAGUAGUUGUAAUGAUGCAAUUACAUCAAAUAUCGUCCCAACAAAUUUUGAUCUUCACCCAGUCCAAGACCAGCGAGGUCAACCUGCUGUGUUUGUCCGACCGGAGGCAGAGUCGUCCGUCUGCAAACAUGACGGCGAAACUAUUGGACAGCAGAGGAGGAAUCGGUUAUCCAAACUCAAACCCAAACCUAACAUACCUCAGACCUCAAGAUCUGCAAGGCUUAAAGCUGAAACACCUGAAAACCAGUCAGGGAAUCACGCAGAUCCUGAACACGAUGUAACAGGACUGGAACAAAACCAGACUAUUUCUGAAAUACCGAACAAAGAUACUGAUCCUGCAUCAGAUUCAAUUUCGCCACCGACAUCCGAAUGCAUUGUGAGACCUUUAGAGAAAAAAGAGAUGGGGUCUGAUGAUCAGGAAGGCAUGAAUGCAGCCUCAUCAGAUACUAAGGAACAGGACUCUACUGUCAGUCCUGGGCUACAUGAAGAACAAGAAUCAGUAUCUGUUGAGAACCUUAAAGCGGAUCAUAGAUGUUUGAUCACUAAAAGCAAUCAAGCACUGAUUGACCAAACGCUUAAAGAACCACAAUGUGGUCAGCAGUCAAACCUGAACUCUGAAGCUGUUCCAGAAAGAAGCGACCAUCCUGAAGCUUACAUUGCAGCCUCAGAAGAGUUACCAGUCAUUCCAAAGGAAGAUAAAAAACCAUCAGUCAGCCAGGUCAGAAGAAGUCGAUCACAAAAGCCUAAACCAAAUUUAUCACAGACUUCAAGGGCCAUUAAGACGAAGGCUCAGUCUCCAGCAGAAACAACAGUAAAAAGUCCUGGUUCACACCCCAAAUUAGCUACAAAGUCAACAGUGAAGGUUCCUCUACAAACUCCAAGCACUUCAACGUCUGAGCAACAGCUUGUAGCCACUGACUCUGCUUUACGUUUAAAUCCACCACUGACAUCAGACUCAAUUAAUCUAUUAAAGGAAAUGCCAUCCAUAAAUGAGGAGGAGAAGACAAGUUCUGAGCUAGUUAAUCAGAAAGACAUGGAAGCAGGAUCGAAUCAAAGUGCCACAGAUGACCAGAACUCUACUCCAGUUACUGCUGAGAGAAACAGAAAUCAAACUACCGAUGACUCAGAGUCAGUCUCCAAGCUCAUGGAUAAAGAUUCAGUUUCUCUCAGUGAAAGUAGUUGUAAUGAUGCAAUGACAUUAAGUAUCGUCCCAACAAAUUUUGAUCUUCACCAAGUCCAGGUCCAGCGUGGUCAACCUGCUGUGUUUGUCAGACCGGAGGAAGAGUCGUCCGUCUGCAAACAUGACGGCGAAACUAUUGGACAGCCGAGGAGGAAUCGAUUAUCCAAACUCAAACCCAAACCUAACAUACCUCAAACCUCAAGAUCUGCAAGGCUUAAAGCUGAAACACCUGAAAACCAGUCAGGGAAGCAAGCAGAUCCUGAACACGAGGUGAGAGGACUAGAGCAAAGCCCGGCUUUUUCUGAAAUACUGAACAAAGAUACUGAUUCUGCAUCAGGUUCAACAUUGCCACUGCUUUCCGGAUCCAUUGUGAGACCUUUAGAAAUAAAAGAGAUGGGGUCUGAUGAUCAGGAAGGCGUAAAUGCAGCAGCAUCAGAUACUAAGGAACAGGACUCUACUGUCAGUCCUGGGCUACAUGAAAAACAAGAGUCAGUAUCUGAUGAGAACCUUAAAGCGGAUCAUAGAUGUUUGAUCACUAAAAGUAAUCAGGCACUGAUUGACCAAACGCUUAAAGAACCACAUUGUGGUCAAGAGUCAAAUCUGAACUCUGAAGCUGUUCCAGAAAGAAGCGACCAUCCUGAAGCUUACAUUGCAGCCUCAGAAGAGUUACCGGUCAUUCCAAAGGAAGAUAAAAUGCCAACAGUCAGCAAGGUCAGAAGAAGUCGAUCACAAAAGCCUAAACCAAAUUUAUCACAGACUUCAAGGGCCAUUAAGACAAAGCCUCAGUCUCCAGCAGAAACGACAGUAAAAAGUCCUGGUUCACAUCCCAAAUUACCUACAAAGUCAACAGUGCAGGUUCCCCUACAAACUCCAAGCACUUCAACGUCUGAGCAACAGCUUGUAGCCACUGGCUCUGCUUUACAUUUGAAUCCACUACUGACAUCAGACUCCAUUAAUCUAUUAAAGGAAAUGCCAUCCACAAAUGAGGAGGAGAAGACAAGUUCUGAGCUAGUUAAUCAGAAAGACAUGGAAGCAGGGUCGAAUCAAAGUGCCACAGAUGACCAGAACUCUACUCCAGUUACUGCUGAGAGAAACAGAAAUCAAACUACAAAUGACUCAGAAUCAGUCUCCAAGCUCAUGGAUAAAGAUUCAGUUUCUCCCAGUGAAACGAGUGAAAAUAGUUGUAAUGAUUCAGUUACAUCAAAUAUCGUCCCAACAAAUUUUGAUCUUCACCAAGUCCAGGACCAGCGAGGUCAACCUGCUGUGUUUGUCAGUCCGGAGGAAGAGUCGUCCUUCUGCAAACAUGACAGCGAAACUAUUGGACAGCAAAAGAGGAAUCGAUUAUCCAAACUCAAACCCAAGCCUAACAUACCUCAGACCUCAAGAUCUGCAAGGCUUAAAGCUGAAACACCUGAAAACCAGUCAGGGAAGCAAGCAGAUCCUGAACACGAGGUGAGAGGACUAGAGCAAAGCCCGGCUUUUUCUGAAAUACUGAACAAAGAUACUGAUUCUGCAUCAGGUUCAACAUUGCCACUGCUUUCCGGAUCCAUUGUGAGACCUUUAGAAAUAAAAGAGAUGGGGUCUGAUGAUCAGGAAGGCGUAAAUGCAGCAGCAUCAGAUACUAAGGAACAGGACUCUACUGUCAGUCCUGGGCUACAUGAAAAACAAGAGUCAGUAUCUGAUGAGAACCUUAAAGCGGAUCAUAGAUGUUUGAUCACUAAAAGUAAUCAGGCACUGAUUGACCAAACGCUUAAAGAACCACAUUGUGGUCAAGAGUCAAAUCUGAACUCUGAAGCUGUUCCAGAAAGAAGCGACCAUCCUGAAGCUUACAUUGCAGCCUCAGAAGAGUUACCGGUCAUUCCAAAGGAAGAUAAAAUGCCAACAGUCAGCAAGGUCAGAAGAAGUCGAUCACAAAAGCCUAAACCAAAUUUAUCACAGACUUCAAGGGCCAUUAAGACAAAGCCUCAGUCUCCAGCAGAAACGACAGUAAAAAGUCCUGGUUCACAUCCCAAAUUACCUACAAAGUCAACAGUGCAGGUUCCCCUACAAACUCCAAGCACUUCAACGUCUGAGCAACAGCUUGUAGCCACUGGCUCUGCUUUACGUUUGAAUCCACUACUGACAUCAGACUCCAUUAAUCUAUUAAAGGAAAUGCCAUCCACAAAUGAGGAGGAGAAGACAAGUUCUGAGCUAGUUAAUCAGAAAGACAUGGAAGCAGGGUCGAAUCAAAGUGCCACAGAUGACCAGAACUCUACUCCAGUUACUGCUGAGAGAAACAGAAAUCAAACUACAAAUGACUCAGAAUCAGUCUCCAAGCUCAUGGAUAAAGAUUCAGUUUCUCCCAGUGAAACGAGUGAAAAUAGUUGUAAUGAUUCAGUUACAUCAAAUAUCGUCCCAACAAAUUUUGAUCUUCACCAAGUCCAGGACCAGCGAGGUCAACCUGCUGUGUUUGUCAGUCCGGAGGAAGAGUCGUCCUUCUGCAAACAUGACAGCGAAACUAUUGGACAGCAAAAGAGGAAUCGAUUAUCCAAACUCAAACCCAAGCCUAACAUACCUCAGACCUCAAGAUCUGCAAGGCUUAAAGCUGAAACACCUGAAAACCAGUCAGGGAAGCAAGCAGAUCCUGAACACAAGGUGACAGGACUUGAUCAAAGCCCGACGUUUUCUGAAAUUCUGAACAAAGAUACUGAUCCCGCAUCAGAUUUAACAACGCCACCGACAUCCGAAUGCAGCGUCAGACCUUCAGAAAUAAAAGAGAUGGGGUCUGAUGAUCAGGAAGGCAUGAAUGCAGCAGCAUCAGCUACUAAGGAACAGAUUUCUACUGUCAGUCCUGGGCUACAUGAAGAACAAGAGCCAGCAUCUGUUGAGAACCUUAAAGCAGAUCAUAGAUCUUUGAUCACUAAAAGCCAUCAUGCACUGAUUGAUCGAACGGUUAAAGAACCACAGUGUGGUCAAGAGUCAAACCUGAACUCUGAAGCUGCUUCAGAAACAAGCGACCAUCCUGAAGCUUACAUUACCGGCUCAGAAGAGUUACCUGUCAUUCCAAAGGAAGAUAAAAUGCCAUCAGUCUGCCAGGUCAGAAGAAGUCGUUUACAAAAGCCUAAACCAAAUUUAUCACAGACUUCAAGACCAUCAAGGUCAAAGCACGAAGACAAGGCUCCGGUGCAACCUAAACUCGGGGAACAGCGGACUGCCAUGGAGGAGGAGAAGUGUUCUAAGUUCACUGAUGCAAACCUGACACCUCAGGAUGGAGUGAGUGAAAGUAUGAAUGCUGCGCCAACAGUUGAUUCACCUUCAACCAGUUUACAAAAGGGGAGCACUUUCAACAUAGAUGCUUUGGUCCAAGACCGCACUAAACCUACGAAUGUGGGUAACUGGCCUGCCGGUGAUCAGCAGGAGGAAAAAUCAAAUGCUGAAAAGUCAAUAGAAAAACCACAAAGUCCAAACCCUGAAGAAAAAAGAGAAACCGAGAAAAAGACACUGACCAACGUUGGACAAGUUUCAACUUCAGUUGUCACAGAAAAAAGCACACCAACAAGAAGACAAAGGUUCUCCAAACCCAAGCCUAAUCUGAAGUCGAGCUGUGGAGUUGGAAAGCUGCAAUCAGACAAGCACAGUAGACCUUCUGAAGAGAAGCCCUCUGCUGUUUCACUGGAACAACAGACAGAUUCUUGUAAAAUGACAAUGUCAGAUAAUGAUCCAGGUGAGCCUGAAUCCCUUUCAUCUGGGGUUGGCGGCUUGGAUAUGCCGUCACUGGUCUACAGCUCAAAUACCCAAACAGAUGCUCCUCAGACUGCAAUAACGAACAUCCCUUCAACUUCUAAUACCAGUGUCUCACCUCCUAAGAGAGGCUCCUCUGUCCAAGGCAGUGAUGUAACACCAUCAGAGUUAACAGGCUCUUCUAAGGCAUCAGGAAAAGCAGCCAGAGGGAGGCUGAAUAAACCUAAACCCAACCUGAGAUGCAGCAGUCGUCCCCAGCAAACCCAGGCAGUUGGAAAGACACAAUCAACAGGUUCAGACUCUGAUAGUUCCUCACACCCCCUUAGAACCUCUGGUGAUCAAAAACCUGCGUCUGAACUUGGUGCAUGCAGCAAGGAGCAGGAAGAAAGACUAAUUAGGAAGCAAAAUGAAAAAGACACCAAUUCAAAUAAUGCUUCUCAAUGUGAGCAUAAAGAAGGAUCCACUAGCGAGCAUCAAACAUCAAGCACCGAGGGGAUUCAGAGAGAUUCGCUCCUGUCAGCACUGCUCCCAGAACAAGUGCCUUCCGAUCCAGAUGAACCAUUUUUUAUCCUUUCUCUGACUGAGAUCCCAGUCACAUCAGCAGGGGGAGUGGGAAUGAGUGAAGCUGAGAAUCUCACUUACCUUCCUGCAACAGAUACAUCGGGACAGCAGUCAAGCACUUCUGGGGUUCCCUCCCUUUGCAGCACCACUGGGGCGAGUUUGGAAUCCGGAGUGCACCCUGAAAUUACUGUGGAGCCGAUAGCCAUCAACACCAUUGCAGAGCCAAGUAAAACGAUCGAUGAUGUAGCUGACAAGAAAAGUCGACGGACAAGAAAAGCCGAAGCUUCUACCUCCAGCAUUUCUGAACCAAGCGUUACUGAAAGCAGGAAUCCCCCGACCAGGAAAGCAGCAAAAACUAGAAGUCGAGGGAAAUCCACAUCAGGAGCGUCACAUAUGUCCUCAUCAGAGCCUAACUUGUCUGCAUCAAAUUAUAGUAUUCCCAGAAAAACAAAAUCACCAACAACUGUGGGGGCUCCCAUCGACCUGACUUCUUCAUCUACGGCUCCGACUUCACCUGAACGGGAGAGCGGCUUCGUUGAAGAGGAGCCUACCAGCGUGUCGCAGUUCUUCCUAAGUGACAUUUUUACAGAAGUGGAAGAGGAAUAAAAGCACUUUUGUAUCAUGCCUGCAGUAGUUUAUUCAGGAAUCUAUUUACUUUUUCUAUUUUUUUUUUUUAUCUGAUAUAUCCUUUAAACUUAAGAAGUUUGGUUUUUAAACUGCUGCACAGAUUUAAAGUUUGGUUCUACAAAGAGAAAAUGUAAACAAUGUAAAUAUGUCUGGAAAAAUGACUGAAUUCCUCUCAGCUGACUGACACUUUAACACUGGGUCUCAGAUUUGAUAAAUCAGCUGUGAAAACAAAUGUUGUGAAGUAGGACUGAUUUACCUUUUGUUUUUCCUCAUGUUUAUACUUUAGAUUUUAUACUACAUCAGUGUCUGUCAGAAACUUAUCUCCACAGUGAGAGGCCAUUGUAAUAUAUAUUUAUUUGGUAAUUCUGUUUAUUGUAAUAGAAUGUAAUUCUAUAAAUAUGAAUGAAAUUCUAAGACAUUUUGAUAUGUUCUGUAGAUGUGUUUGUAUUGAGGACCUUGUACAGAAUAUUAUAUUUGAUACUUCAAGCUACUUACAUGUCUGCAUCUUGGACUUCCUUGUGUACAUAACGCCAUUUGGAGUUAUAGGUAUGAUUUAAGAAAGUAAACUUAAAAAAGGCACACAUAAAAAAAGCAUUUCUGUAGAUUAAGUCAUUUUUUUGUUCCUGUUGAGUGUUCUGAAAUGUGGCAAAAUAUAUAAGACCAACAACAUUGCAGCGUAGUUUAGCUUUGUUCUUAUUUGAUGUUCAUAAGCUAGACUUUUGUGACUUCUAUUUAAUUUCAAUUUUUUGGGGAUGUUAAAAGUUUUUGCCAAAAGAGAUGUAAUCUAAACAUCCGCUAACUGCUGCAUUGUUUGUCUGAACUCUUUAGUUUUUAUUGAUCUAGCGCAGCUCUUCUGGUGUUAACUAUAGGGUUCCUAAAACGUAAUGUGCGAUUUUUAUUUUCAGGUUGGUUAAAAUAUUAAAAAGGAUUUUUUUGCUUUCUUUUUCUUACUUUUUAACGGGAAAAUAAAUGUAAUUUGUAAUAUAUCGAAUCUAUCUUGCAGUGAUAAAGCUCUAAUGCAAUAUUUGAUAUUAAAUGACGACUUCCUGAUGUUAGCAACUGUCA